AUGGAAGAGGAAAGGAAGGAAGAAGGUUCAAAGCUCUUAAAACAGUUCGAUCCCAACUAUACCACCUCCCGAGGUGAGAGAAACAAUUCGUUUAGUGAUCAGUCAUAUUCAACAAAGAAGUCUUACAACCAAAACAAUAGAGAAAGCAGCAGAGGUGGUCGAUGGCGAGCGUAUUCUAACAGAAAUAGCGAUUUCAACAGAUCUAGGAAUUCUAAUGAUGAAGAUAAGAAUUUUUUCCAGAAUCAAGCAGCUGAGGAGAUAGCGAGAUCCAAGCAGAGAGCGCUAAGAUUUUCCAAUGAUGACAAGAAGUUCGAAAAGCAGAGGGAAUACGGAUUUGUCAGUAGGGGUGAAGAUAAUCGGUUGCAGAAGAGCUCCAAUGAGAGAGAGAGUUACUUCAAACAGAUAUUGAUGAACUUCAUUGAGUAUUGCAGUUCUAAUACUUCUUCUACAUUAAGUGAUAAGAUAUCUCACUUUAUAGAGAAAGACGAACUUCUGGAGCUUACAGCGGAUACCAAUAACAGUGGAGAAUCUUUGAAGCACCUGAUAACCAUAGAUACGAUAUUGAAUUCACUCCGAAAACUACGAGAGGCACUCUUGUUUGCUAUACCUAACGAAUUUUCUAAAAAGGUGUUCUUGUUUUCCAUCAGAAUCUCGGCAGCUAUAGGGCAUCACCAAACCUAUAUCCCUUGCAUAAUGUAUUUGCUUUCGUAUUACAAAGCAAACAAGGAGUCUGUGGUCACUAUGGAAGAGGUGGAAGAAAUUACUACUUUGUUGGUUCUACAUCUAGCACAUUUCAAUAACUCAAAUUCCAAAGCUCUCAGACUCUACUUCGAGUACCUUCAUAAGAUUGACAAUAGCAAGACAGGUAAAACUUUUGAAGUGCUACAGAGCUGGAUCUAUCGUGACUAUUAUAGCUGGAUGAAGCACUAUAACAUGGAAACCGACAAUGCCAAAGCGUCGAUUAUGAAGUUUGGAUUGCUGACGAUGGUUAAACAUGUCAUCGAUUGUGUGAGCAAAUCGUAUUUUACUAUAACAAAGCAUCAGCUUGAACAAACCCUUCUUCCACGAGGAUACACGUACGAGUCCCUUGUUGAAAGUUACAAUUUAACCUGGAAGGGCGACGAGAAGAACAACCAAGUUAUCAUAGUUAGAGAUAGAACCACUCGAAAAUAG